GCUGACGUCAGCGAGUACCUGGCAAGGUGCGGCGGCGGCGGUGGCGGUGGCGGCCUGGGCUCCGGGCGACAUGUGCGGCUUCGAUAAAGUGAGUGGCCCCCGGCAGUUGAUGACGAAGGGCAUUGCGCUGAUUUUUAUUGGGCACAUCAACUUUAUCAUUGGCGCAAUUGUCCAUGGUACAGUCCUCAGGCACAUUUCAAAGCCCAAGGACCAUUUGACUAUAGAGUAUUCAUUGGCCAACAUAUUUUCUGUCAUCUCUGGUUUAUUGAGUAUUGCAACUGGAAUAAUUGCUAUCUUAGUCUCCAGAAACCUCCUCAAAAUAAAGCUGCACUGGGGGCUGAUGUUAAGCUCUUUGCUAAAUUCGUUGAUGUCUUUGGCUUGCACGGCUGGACUAUUUCUUGCUGUUGUGCUAACGAUAUCUCAAGGAGGCAGGAACCUGAUUUCUGGUUGUAAUUCUACAAUGGUGCCAGCUAUUCCCAGCAAGUCAAUGACGAUGAACAACUGUCCCUUUGAUACAACCCGAAUCUAUGACACCACACUGUCCUUAUGGAUCCCAUCGAUAGUGCUGUCAAUAGUGGAGGGAAUCCUCUCCAUAUGUUGCUUUGUGGUGUCAAUGAUUCUUCGUGGGAUUGGCCCCUGUGCACAGAAUGACAUGGUGGACCGGAUCAAGGAGGAAGAUCCAACGAAAGGGAAGAAAUACAAAGAACUGGAAACUUACAAACUCAUCACUGGCAGCCGAGAAAUCCAGCUGUAGAAACGUGGAUUUUGGCUGAUCCACCAAAUGUUUCCAGCAUUCUGUUCACACUUCAGAUUUGCAGCAAAUUUUCAUGUUUGUACAGAUUUUUGAGUUUAAUUGUUAAUGAUGGUUCUUG